AUGUCAUCCAACAACACCGCCUCCACACCGACCAAGGCCUCCAAGGCUUCAGCAAAGGCCCCCUCAACACCCACCAAGCCCUCCAACAUCACCACCACCACACCACAACUCACUCCACCGGCUCGCAAGGCUCCCUCAAUGGACGAUCUCGUCGAGCACCUCGCGGACACGAAGGUUGAUCACCGCAAGGACGAGCCAAUGGACGAUCUUGCGGGUGCUUUCGGACAGAAGUGGUCUCCUAACAGCACCUUUAAGGACAUGCAGGAGGAGCAAGAUCGACGGAUCGGGCGGUACGAGUACGGCGCGUUGACGUACCGGCCUAAGGGCAAGGAGGAGGAUGCUAGUGGGCGGAAGUAG